UAGUCUCACCUAUUACAUUAUGCUGGCCUCGAAUUAACUGUAAGUAGUGAAAAUAGAGCCAAGCCAGAAAUUCCAAGUAAGAAGUAUUAACAUUCUAGUAUAGCUACAUUAGUAUAGCUACGCCAGUAGCCUAUACUGCUGUAGAGCGGCACUGGUUUAGCCCAAAGGGAAGUGUACCUUCACUGCCGCACCACCACAGUGCAUCAUACAGCGUUUGAAAUUUUAUUGAUAAGCUUACGGGGGCACUUAAUGCAUAUGAAACUGUUUUCGCAGGAAUAGUUGAGCUCGAGCCGACUGGCCAGCAGCCACAAAAAAAGUAGAACAAGUGGCAGAAACGUUUUGCGAAUUAUGAAAUUAAAAGUAGUACCUUCAACUUUAGUCGAAUGACUAAUAAUUUUAGAUAUCUGUCACCUACCUAUUUUACUUGUACAAUAUUAAACUCCAAAAUCAGAUGAUCGUUUUGCUCAUAUUGUAAAUAGUAUCGACAUGGAUAGCGAGUACGUACUUUUCCUGAAAUGGGGAAGCAAUCUAUCGUAUCAAGGGUUGUAUUAAACAAGUCAGCAUAAACCUGUUGUGCAUAAUGACAUUUUGUAGUAUAUUUUUCUUUGAAUUCGAAAUCUUUCGCUUUUCAUACGAUAAGCGGUUUAUGAUCCUGCUACUGAUCUUGUUUGCAUCUCCACACACUGGCUGCACAUCGCACACAGGUAAAUAAAGACGUUUCAUAUUUUGUGGGAAGCCUUCUUCGCCUGACGCUUUUUGCAGUGGCAGAUGUUUCUUGCUUCGAAAGCCUUGUUUCCCCUAUGCCUACACCAGCAAAAAUCUGGCUCAAGCAAUAUUCAUUGGAGGACUGCAAGAUUUCGUGUCGUUUCGCCUUGGAAGUAUACGAUUUCCACUGCUGGUACACUGCCCACUAUGCUGCCUCGCUGGACUGUGUUUUGCACGGAAAUGAAAGCAUGACGGUCAUGCAUGUACGACGAUGGACAUCUACGGCGUCUACAUCUACGGCUACAUCUCCCUCGGGAUCCGCGGCGCUGUUCAGAAAUUCCUGCGAUCAGAAACAACGGUAUCAGUGUGUUGAUCAAGCACAAAAAUGUGCUUAUCAGACGACCGCGCUGUGCCGAAACAAGGACAUUAUAACGGAGAAGUCCACAACACUUAGCGGCAAGGCAUGCAAGUCUUGGAACACUACCCGGUAUCCUAACGUGGGAAGCCAUAAUUUUUGCGCCAAUCCCGAUGGAUCAGAUGGUCCAUGGUGCUAUACGACGGAUUUGAAGGAGAGGUGGGGUUACUGUUUUUCCAGCUGUUCCGAUGAGACACCUUGCGUAGAUGAGAAUAGACAGUGCGCAAUGGACGGAAGUCCUGCGUGCCGACAGAACGAUUACAAGGGAAUUAAAAACAUAACGUUCAGUGGAUUACCAUGUAAGAAUUGGUCAUUGAGCAACAGACCAUUGGAAGGAGACCAUAACUACUGUCGAAAUCCCGGCGGAGAAGAGCCGGCGCCUUGGUGUUACACCGAAAAAGGCUGGGAUUACUGCUUUGCGCGCUGCAAUCGAGAAAAAUGUCCGGAAGUUCCACCAAAUCUAGCUCUCAAGACAAUAAAAACAAAACAAUGGAUCGAUGGUCAUCUGCAUUCCAAUACGCAUCUUGCGGAUGAUUACACGAGCCCUUUGAACGUGAAUAUUACUAUACACAAGCAAUCGGGGCGAAGCUUUAUUCUAACGAUAAACAACUGGUCACCGAGAGCAUUGUCCGAACUACGAUGUAGAAUUACCUUUGAAGAUGCCGGUAAAACGCCCAUCGAUGUAACUAUCCCUGGCCCAGUUAAUGACUGGACCGUAUAUCAGUAUCACACCGAAAUUUCCGGAUUAAGUGAGGUUUCGGAUAUCAAGACGAUUAAGGUGAUCUUGCCCUUUCCAUGGUAUCCAAUUAUCUUUGUGGGCUACGGCAGGCUAGCAGCGCAUGCCGAGAAAUAUGUGAACCUUACAGCGAUGGAUAAGCAGGCAUUUUCUCGACUGCUCUCCGAUCUCCGCAUUAUGUUUCAUCUGCCUAAAUACCGUCUAUGGCUUCUUGGCUAUCGUAUGACCCAAAGCGACCCCAUUCGGCAUGGGCGAAUGUCUGAGUUCGACCGCAAAGCCGACACGUACCUGGUGACACUACCGCUAAAGGUCAGCCAGACAGGCGGCGGUUUUGGUAACCUAUUUUACGAUGAUUUGCGACCGGAGCGAAGAUGGACCAGCUCGUAUGUGUCAGUGGCCAGUUCCGAAAUUAAUGACUAUCUCGCGGGCUGGGCAAAAGAUCCGUUUUGGACGUUGGAACACGAACUGCAGCACAAUCAUGGCUGGAAAGAUCGCGACUUCGAGAUGCUGGCGACGCAGUAUUUCAUGUACGAACUAGCUGAUGAACUGCAUGAUGCAUGUGUGUUACGGUGGUUCAAAGCACCAUUAGAACGCUACGAAGAUACGGUUCUGCUCAGCGCGUUUCAGAAUCCAGUUGACGGGCUGGUAUAUGUGUUAUCCGCUUACACAUACCGAACCUUAAAUCUCCAGGGGUUCAUUACCACAGCUGGUCGCUCGUUUGACGUUACCCCAGCGCAGAGCGACAACUGCACAAUACCGGAACUAGACUGCUACAGAUUAAAUCUGCCACGCUGUAGAACCGUGACCUCUUAUAAUGGGACCAAGAGUACGACUCUUUCCGGGAAAACUUGCCAACAAUGGAAUGUCAACACGCCGCAUAAAAGUUAUAAUCACCGUAUUGGUAGUCACAACUACUGCAGGAAUCCCGGCAACAGCGAUGGACCAUGGUGCUACACGACCGACAAGAACGUCAACUGGGAGUACUGUUUCAACGACUGUGGUUACCUUGCAAGCGAUCCGGACGAUCCUGUUUACUGUGUGAACACAAGGAAAAAAUGCACAUACAAAAAUUUGCCUCUGUGCCAGGAUCGCAUACCUCUUUGGGCAGCACAAUUUCCUGAUUGUGAUGAGCAGAAUCCGUGCUUGGAUGAAGAAAACGGAUGCUACUACGAUCAAAAAGCGGAGUGUGCACAGGCGAUUAUCAUGUACGGCGGACCAAGAUUUACGACUGCUGAAGGAUUGACCUGCGCGCGCAGCCCAUCCAGUGAUCCCCAAGUUCGUUGUUGGGGUGACCAUGGACCGUCGUACUUCAAUACGACACCGUACUGCUUCCCAAAUCCAGAUUCCAAAUAUGAAAGAGACCUCUGUUUUAAAACCUGCGAAUCGGAGAUAUUAAAGACGUUACGAGCCAAACCACGUGCAUACAUCCAGAGGAAAUGGUUCAUUCCGGCGCCGGCUAAAUUCGCGUUCGUUGUCAAUAGCAAUCAGUUAGCGUUUGUUCCAUACCGAUACGGUGCAGAUGUUAACGAUGAGAAAAUCCGCUUGUACGGUUUGAAAACGGGGUCAUGGCUGGGAGACAACACAGUGAGCGGCCUUUUCGAAGCGCUGGGCAAAAAAUAUUAUAACCCCCAAUUUCUGCAAGGAUACGGUGUUUUCGUGGGAUCCCAGUACUGCCGACUGGAUAACGUCACGAUGAAGGCCGUUGACUGCGAAAACGUGUACACCAGCACGAAGUGGGCGGAUCUGCGACGCUUCUCCAGCGGACCCGGCGAUUUCGACCUGGUCUUCCGGGCGGACAGUUUAGCCUUCUUCUUCAAAGGCGCCGAAUAUCUGGUGUACGAUCUGCAAGCAGGAAAGGCGUUGCCGUUCUAUCCGCGCUCAACGAAAGAAUUCCUUUACAAGGUCGGCAUUCUCGGCACAUCGUUUGCUGCACUGGUUUAGCUAUUCAUGUCUUGAAAUUGGCAAGUUAGAAGUUAACAGUUAACCGAGGUAUGGAAAGCAGGAAAGAUGGGAAUGUUUUUCAGAUCGAUAUGUGUUUGCAGUUUUUUUACUUCCUCGCAACACAGAUUUCUU